AACAUCAUCAAUUAUUAGGACAUGAUGACUAAAAGGAAACUCAUGUUCCUGUCUGAUUCUCUGAUCAAAACGUGUGUGUACCUUAUCCAAUAAAAAAAUGCCACUUGCGAUCUCUCUCCCAACCUCAUCUACUUCUCGUUUCUUCCCUCGCCAUGCAAAUCUCCGAUACCGACGCUUCACCGGAGCUCGAUCUUCCGCGGAAUCAAAGAAUCAGACGGGCGUCAUCAUAAUCGGCGCCGGACUCGCUGGUUUAGCCGCCGCGACUCGUCUCACCACCGAACGAAUCCCUUUCCUACUCCUAGAAGCUUCCGAUGGCGUCGGCGGACGCGUCCGCACAGACAUAGUCGACGGCUUCUUCCUCGACAGAGGAUUUCAGAUCUUCAUCACUGCGUAUCCCGAAGCUAAGAAGCUUCUAGAUUACGAAGCGCUUGACCUGCAGAGAUUCUACGCCGGAGCUAAAGUCUUCUACGGCGGAAAAUUUCACACCGUAGCUGAUCCUCUCCGACAUUUAUCGGACUCGGUGGCUUCUCUCACGAACCCGAUCGGAACCGUCGUGGACAAAGCUCUUAUCGCUGUGACGAGAGCUAGAGUUCUGAUCAAGUCAGACGAAGAGAUAUUAACCGGAGAUAACGAGGUUUCGACCGUUGAUCUCCUCCGGAAGAUCGGUUUCUCCGACGAGAUAUUGGAUCGGUUUUUCCGACCAUUCUUCGGCGGAGUUUUCUUCGAUAGAGAACUCGAGACGACAUCGAAGCUCUUCGAUUUCGUUUUCCGGUGUCUUGCUCUCGGAGAAAACACACUACCGGCCAUGGGGAUCGGAGAAAUCCCUAACCAGCUUGCCAAGAAAUUACCCGCGAAUUCCGUCGUGUUGAACACACGGGUCGCUUCGGUUCAGUAUCCAAACGGGUCGGAUUCGGGUUCGGGUCCACCUAUCGUAAGGCUUCAAGACGGAGGCGUUUUGGAGGCGGAGCUAGGUGUGAUAAUCGCCGUCGAGCAACCUCAAGUGGAUAAGCUUCUCAAUGGGAUCAGAGAACCGGUUAAGACUAAACCGGCUCGGAGCACCGUUUGUCUUUACUUCACAGCUGAAGCGGAUCAGAUACCGGUGCAAGAUCCGGUUCUGUUUCUCAACGGGUCAAACACCGGAAUAGUCAACAACAUGUUCUUCGCUACAAACGUUGCUCGGACAUACGCGCCGCCGGGAAAAGCUCUGGUUUCGGUGUCUUUGAUCGGGUUGUUUGAGGAUAGAUCCGAUGAUGAUUUAGCAGCAGAGGUUAUUCGAGAGCUCUCUUGUUGGUUCGGUGAGUCUUUGGUUAUGUCGUGGAGACAUUUGAAAACGUACCGGAUCCAAUUCGCUCAACCGAACCAAUGCCCACCUACCGAUUUGAUGAAAAGUCCUCGGGUCGGGUCGGGUCUUUACUUGUGCGGUGAUUACAUGACAUCUGCUACGUUUGAUGGGGCUUUGGUUUCUGGGAAUCGAGCCGUUGAAGUUUUGUUACGAGAAAAGGGUCUAAUCAAAUAGAAUCUAUGUUUACUCACUGUAUUUAAGUUUGUUUUUCAACAUUGUUUUCUUUCUCAAGUUUAGUAGUGAUGAAGAGAAAUAUCAACAAAACAACAAUAAUUAUAAA